AUGAAUGCUCCGGCGCUGAUCGCACUUCUCUUUAUAGCGAUGAACCCGAUCGCGUCGGUGUCUGCGUUGACGUCGGAUGCUGCAACGCAGACCAUCGUUGCGCCUGACAAAGGCGAUGAGCUCGAAGACCGCGCCUACGCCGAGGAACAGCAAGAAUUGGAGGUGGAAAUCGACACUCGUGACCCGAAUGCCACCAUCAACACUGACAUCUACAGCUUUGUCGAACCGACUGAGUACGUGAUGGGCCUGCUGCUGGAUCCGUGCCGUAACCACGCCGUCGACUGCUGUGUAGAUCGUUUCGGAGAACCAGCCUAUGUGGACUCGUCGGCCACCGUAGCGGAACAAGUUUCUCUCGUGGAUGAGUCUGGCGCAACGCUCGAUGUGUCGGUGAGUCGAAUCGGCGACCGCCCCUCGAUCUUCGACCAGAAUUGCUAUCUUGACGAUGACUUGGUGCCUUACCGCCUUCAAAAGACAUUGAGCCCUACCGGACUGACGAUCACGAAGAAUUACACCAACUCGGGGUGCAUUGGGCGACUGCGUGCGCUGGUGCCGAUGGACGAAGUGGUGCGACCUGCCUGCUGGGACUACAAUGACUCUAUCAAUGCCCUCGCGUCUUGCUACAAUGUCGACGGCCGUAAACGGGAUACAUGCGUGGCAGUCGGAUUCAUGCAGAACAGCUACAUCGUUCAAUGUGGUGGAGCCUACGAACUGUCAAACCACUGUGGCACGUUCCUUGAGCUGCACGAACCAGGAAAUGAGGCCAUUUUGAGUCAAACACGGCUGUUUGGUCAGUAUCCUAGUGGAUUUCGCACCACUACACUGCCGCUGUUCUUCAAAGGAGACCGCACACGAACUAUUUGCAGGGGCGAUUACGAAAUUUGGUGGGUCCAGCGAACGCGAUACAACUUCAUCGUUCAAAAGAAGAAAAAAUUCCGCAUCACCUCACCACAGUGCGACUUCGACUUCGCCACGAACAAGUACAAAAACUAUCAUCGAAUCCCGUGA